CAAAACAUCGCAAUUUAAUUUCAGACUGUAACACCAACAAAAUGUGGAAAAGGUCGAGGGGUGUGAAUACUUUCUGAAGGCACUGUAUGAUGUGUCUUAAAAAAAAAAAAAAAUCAGCACUGCAAGUCUAUAACUCAACUACAGUAAGCCUACUGAUUGAAUGUUGGAAAAUUGCAAGAACUAUUGUGUGAAAUCAUUUACCAACCUGCACCUGCGUCUACAAUGUUGUCAAACCUGCUCCUAAACCGGAUAGGUAAACUGUCACAGGGUGGAGUUUUGAAUGCAUUGCUUAUGGUAUGUUCUGUACAGAUUGAUGAAAUUGUGUCAGCUGCCAAGUUUGGAGACUUGAUCGAAUUAUCUUACCCUAUUGGAUACUCACAUUGGGGUGUAUAUGAUGAAGAUGGACACAUAAUCCAUUUUGCAGUGGCAGAUGAGGGGCGGCUGAUGAGUACCAUCCGCCAUGACCUGCAAGCAGCAUUUCCUGUGUGUGGUGACCUCCUUCUUGGGCAGACCAAGAUACACAGGAUGCAUCUGAUGGAGGUCACCGUGCCCAAAGGAGUUCAUGUGAUGAUCAGCAACAACAAACAUGGCCACCAGCCCUCAUCACAGGAAAAUAUGAGGCAGAGGUGUGAUGCUCUGAUGAACACAGAGUUCCCAUACCGACUAUUCUCACUCAACUGUGAACACUUUGCCUCAUUUGUACGAUAUGGAGAAGCUGUGUGCAACCAGGUCAGUUGAAACAUACAUAUACAGUUGAACUGGGGUCUCCAUCUCCAGUUCUGGAAAUUGAAUCAGGUGUGUAAGUGCUGGGCUAGAACAAAAACAUGUACAUCCAAUAGCUGCCGGGACCAAAGUUAGAGAUGCAUAUCAAGGACAUUCUGGGCACAAAGUACUCAUAAAAUAAAUACAUUUGAGAAGCACAUUUGAGUUUUGUUUUUUUAUUCCGGGAAGAACUAAGGAUAAGGAGUGUGAAGACGGGACAGAUGUUUUCCAAGACAUUGUGUCUAUCUAUUUAGUAAACCGGGAU